UCAUUAUGAUGUUACAGUGCUCAGAGAAAAUGGUUCAUGUUGGUGUUUUGUUCUGCUUGUGUUUGAGGCAACUUCAUGGUGUGUUUGGUGAUUCAGUGUUCGUGAUGGAGGGAGAUUCUGUCACUUUAUACACUGAUCUUACUGAAAUAAUGGAUGGUGAUCUGAUUCUGUGGAGGUUUGGAACGAAAAACACUUUAAUAGCUGAAAUAGAUGAACAGGCUGACAGCAUGACUGUAUAUGAUGAUGUUCUUGAUGGGAGAUUCAGAAACAGACUGAAGCUGGACGAUCAAACUGGAUCUCUGACCAUCACAAACACCAGAACUGAACACAGUGGAUAUUAUGAACUACAGAUGAUCAAAAAUAUGAGAAAGAGUUUCAAUCUAACUGUCUAUUCUCGUCUGCCUGUUCCUGUCAUCAAAAGAGAUUGUUCUUCAUCAUCAUCAUCAAAUUGUUCAUUGCUGUGUUCAGCUGUGAAUGUGAGUCAUGUGACUCUCUCCUGGUACAAAGGAAACAGUUUAUUGUCCAGCAUCAGUGUGUCUGAUCUCAGCAUCAGUCUCUCUCUACCUCUGGAGGUGGAAUAUCAGGAUAAAAACACCUACAGCUGUGUGCUGAACAAUCCCAUCAGCAACCAGACUCAACAUCUGGACAUCACUCAACUCUGUCACACAUGUGCAGAAGUCCACGCCCACUGUUGUGAUUCUGUUGAAGCUGUGCUCCGAUUGGUCGUCACUGCUCUGAUGGGCGUGGCUGCUGCGGCUGCUGCUGUUCUUCUGGUCAAUGACGUCAGAUCUACACGAGGUUAAACUGAGGAAACUGAACAGAUAUUAUAAAUAUUGUGGCAUAUAUUGGAGUUUUAAUCUGUAACAAUAAAAAUAUGUCUGGUAUAAUUGUUUAGUGAUGCAAAACGAAGCUUUGCUUACCAAGGCUUUCCUCUGAGCUGGUUCGGAAAAGAUACAUUACCCGAAUCUGGUGGCCAAAAUGAUGAUUUAAAAAAUAUAUAUUUCAUAGUAAUCUUUAAUGUCAUCCAUGUUACAUUUCUUUGUUAAUUACUCUGUUUUCAUUUUUUCAGUUUGUUUCAUAUGCAGCAACCCCAUAAAUACUAAUUUAAAAAUAUUUGUCAUGCCAAUAAAUCACUGUAGAAUUUAACUUAUAUACAUCUAUAGCCCCAUGGGUAUACUUCGUUUUUUACACGUACAAUAGUGUACGCGCACAGUCGAACACACAGCCUUGCAAAGUAUUCUUCAUUCAAUUCGUACGCAAACACAGACCUUCAACGCAUAUGCAAGUUACAACCCAUGUGAACGUCUUUGUAUUCUUUCAUGCUAGAGUUGUACGAAUGAGGGUACUUUCUAACCUCUUCACACAAUCUCUUGUCUAUGUAGGCCUCUAUUGUCGCUGUAGCUUGCAUGCGCUCCGGUCUGUUCUGUUUAUGCAGUUCUUUGACUACCUUGUGAAUCGACUCCCCCAGGGCACAGUUGCCAUCUUGUGGAUAAACGAAUUACUGCAAAAACAAUCAAAUGCGCAUGUGCGACCUGCGCAUACAAACUACGAGCGGUUACAAAAAUC